GAAUCUUGGUAGAGUUAUGUUUUCAAUGGCGCAGCAUGUAGCUAACUGUGCUUUGUGACAAAUGCUCAAAAAUCUUGAGUCAUCCGCUGAUACUUGGUACUGGUCGUCUAAACUUUUGAUACGCAAAUAAGUCGGCUCGUAAAGCUUUUCUCGGGCUAUAAUGGAAGAUUUAGGCAUUAUUUUGCCUGAUAAGGAUGUGGGUGAGUCCGAUUGUAAGCCCGUUACUGGUCAUUAUACAGGAGCUGGAGACGAGCUAGAUGUCGAAGACCUAUAUACUAAAUACAAGAAACUACAAAGAAUGUUGGAGUUUCUCGAAGUACAAGAAGAAUAUAUCAAGGAUGAACAACGUAAUUUAAAGAAAGAAUAUUUGCAUGCACAAGAAGAAGUGAAACGUAUUCAAAGCGUACCUCUGGUUAUCGGCCAGUUUCUUGAAGCUGUUGAUCAGAAUACUGGCAUAGUAGGAUCUACAACUGGCUCGAACUAUUAUGUACGGAUAUUGUCUACUAUAGAUAGGGAACUUCUAAAGCCCUCUGCUAGUGUAGCACUUCAUAAACAUAGCAAUGCUUUGGUGGAUGUAUUGCCACCGGAAGCUGAUUCCAGUAUCUCAAUGUUACAAGCAGAUGAGAAACCAGAUAUUCAGUACAGUGAUAUAGGAGGAAUGGAUAUGCAAAAGCAAGAAAUCCGAGAGGCAGUAGAAUUGCCUCUUACUCAUUUCGAAUUGUACAAACAAAUCGGUAUUGACCCUCCAAGAGGUGUACUCAUGUAUGGACCUCCUGGCUGUGGAAAAACUAUGUUAGCAAAAGCUGUUGCCAGACAUACUACUGCUGCUUUCAUUCGUGUAGUGGGAUCUGAAUUUGUGCAAAAAUACUUGGGUGAAGGGCCGAGAAUGGUGCGAGACGUGUUCCGCUUAGCGAAGGAGAAUUCGCCAGCUAUAAUAUUUGUAGAUGAGAUAGAUGCUAUUGCAACGAAAAGAUUUGAUGCCCAAACUGGGGCAGAUCGCGAAGUGCAACGUAUUCUUUUAGAAUUACUUAAUCAAAUGGAUGGCUUUGAUCAAACAACUAAUGUCAAAGUUAUCAUGGCAACAAACAGAGCGGAUACACUGGAUCCUGCAUUGCUCCGUCCUGGUAGAUUGGAUCGCAAAAUCGAAUUUCCGUUGCCUGAUCGUCGGCAGAAGCGUUUAAUUUUCUCCACAAUCACCGCAAAGAUGAAUUUGAGCGAAGAAGUAGACCUCGAGGAUUACGUAGCGCGACCGGACAGAAUCUCUGGCGCCGAUAUCAAUGCUAUCUGCCAAGAGGCUGGAAUGCACGCGGUCCGUGAAAAUCGUUAUAUAGUUUUAGCGAAAGAUUUCGAGAAAGGCUAUAAAAAUAAUAUCAAGAAAGACGAAUCCGAGCACGAAUUCUACAAGUAAAUUAAACUAUACUGCAUCAUACAGCUUCAUUUUUCAAUAUAUGUAUUAUCUCUAAUAUGCUUACAAUAUGAUAUACGGAUAUUAUUGGAAGAUUAAACUCUGAUGAAUGUAAUUGUUGUAUGAUCUUGACUAUCCGUCAUGGAGAAUGAGAUAACGUCUUGCAGGUACGUAUAGGACAUUCAUUUUUUAAAUAAGGUGCGACAUUGCUUCGAUAGGA